AUCUCGUACUUGGGCUAUGACGCCACUCACGUACACACUUCUCAGUUAGUCACGAAGUGAGAGAAAGACAGUUGGGCCGUUGACGAACAAGCCCAAAUCUUAUAUAUGGGCCUUUGGAUAACAAAUAUGCAACUUGAGGCCUCUUUAUGCGAAAAGCACAAGGUUAGGUAUGGUAUGUAGACAUAUUAUUGUCCCUUUUCUGAUCUUUGAUAAAAUUAAAUAAGAGAUACCUUAUCUUCAAAGGAUAAGAAAAUACAAAAUCCCCUUUAAUUCAAAUUAUUUUUUUUCCGACCAGUCCCUUUAUUCAAAUUACUUCACAAACGAAAAAUGGAAACCUUUACAUACUAUCACCGAUUAAAUAUUGUUGUAAUUUUAAAUGUUUAUAUUCUGAAAUGUUUCUAAAUAUAUAUUUUGUUGACUAGUUUUUAAGUCAAUAGCGUGUUUCGACAGAUGGAAAAUCACAAAUUGAACUUCUUUUUAUAUUUUGUAUUUUUGUUGUUUGUCAGAGAAAACGUGGCUGUAAUUUUUAUGAACACUGUUUACAUUCCCACGUAGGACGACGAGACAAACAGCUGGUGGAGAAUGGUCGUGUCGUGUGUCGGAACUCCGAACCGGGUCUCCCCUCUUUCCACCCGGACUACGUUGUCAUUCGGUUUGGUUAAAGAGUAAAAAUCAAAUAAAGCCUUUUUCUUCUGGCUAUAAUUAAUUAACAGCUCUCUCUAAUUAUGAAUAAAAAAAAAAAAAAAAAUAUUUUGAUUGGAAGAUUUCUCGAAAUCUCGAUUCAAUUCAUUUCAUUCUUCCUUAUUUCUGCUCCAUCUCCUCACCUGAAAUUCUCCUCCAUCUCACUGUCACUUCCAUCUAUUGUUUAUUUUUGUAAACUAUCUGAUUAAGCUUCGAAAAUUCAUUUGUUUCCAUUUUUGUCCAAGAAGAGUUUCCCCAUUUGUACAUAGAUCGAUAUUAGUAGUAAUCUGGAAUUGCAUCGUUGGCCUUGCUAUUACGAGCUGCCUCGUUUCAUAAUUGGAAGAGAGAGAGAGAGAGACAGAGAGAGAGAGACAGAGGUUUCUGCGAUUUGUUGUCUCUUUCUAUCUGGCUAUGGUAAAUUUGUUUUAGCUGGGGGUGAAAAUUAGGGUUUGCGCAUCUGAAUUAGGGUGGAUCUGAGGUUUAGGUAAAGGGGAAUAGAGAAUUGGAGAAUGAUCUGCUUGUUGGUUUGGAUCUGAUCCGAGGAGAGACAGCGCCGCCCUUCCCAUGGCGCUGUUCCGUCGCUUCUUCUACAAAAAGCCUCCCGAUCACCUUCUCGAGAUCUCCGAGCGUCUCUAUGUUUUCGACUGCUGUUUCUCGAGCGAUGUUAUGGGAGAGGACGAGUACAAACUCUACCUGGGCGGCAUCGUCGCUCAGCUACAAGACCACUUCCCUGACGCAUCCUUCAUGGUCUUCAACUUCAGAGAAGGAGAGCAGCGGAGUCAAAUCUCAGACGUCUUAUCCCAAUACGACAUGACGGUGAUGGACUACCCUCGGCAAUACGAAACCUGUCCGCUCUUACCUCUCGAGAUGAUCCAUCACUUUUUAAAAUCUAGCGAAAGCUGGCUAUCACUAGAAGGCCAGCAAAACGUUCUCCUGAUGCACUGCGAGAAAGGCGGCUGGCCUGUUCUCGCAUUCAUGUUAUCAGGGCUGUUACUCUACAGAAAGCAGUAUCAGGGCGAGCAGAAGACGCUAGAGAUGGUGCACAAGCAAGCUCCCAAGGAGCUUCUUCAUAUACUCUCUCCUCUUAACCCUCAGCCUUCUCAGCUCAGAUACCUUCAGUACAUUUCUAGAAGAAACUUGACAUCUGAUUGGCCUCCUUCGGAUACUCCUCUUCUUUUGGAUUGCUUGAUUCUCAGAGAUCUCCCUCAUUUUGAGGGUUUGAAGGGGUGCAGACCCAUAAUCCGGGUUUACGGUCAGGAUCCUAAGUCCAAAGCCAACAGGAGCUCUGUAGUUCUGUUCUCCACACCAAAGACGAAUAAACACACUCGUCUCUACCAACAGGAAGAGUGUAUCCUGGUGAAAUUAGAUAUCCAGUGCCGUGUUCAAGGGGAUGUUGUUCUGGAAUGUAUACACUUGCACGACGAUUUGGUGCGUGAGGAGAUGGUCUUUAGAAUCAUGUUCCACACAGCAUUUGUACGUGGUAAUAUUUUAAUUGUGGAACGAGAUGAGAUGGAUAUACUUUGGGAUGCCAAGGACCAGUUCCCAAAGGAGUUCAAGGCAGAGGUGCUUUUCUCUGGUGCUGAUACCGUGGUGCCUGCUAUUGCAACAGCACCUGUAUCAGAUGAUGAUGAUGAGAACGAUUUUGAUAUGGCUUCACCUGAGGAGUUUUACGAGGUGGAGGAGAUUUUCAGCGAUGCGAUUGAUGGGCAUGACUUGAAGAGAGAGGACUCAGAUAGUUUUGUGGUUGUUGAUAGUGCUUCAGAUGAUUCUGAGGGUAAAGAGGUGUGGAAGGGGGACGUGGAGCCCAAUGCGUUUCUUGAUUGUGCGUCUGAUGAUUCAAAUCAUAAACAUGAGGCUAGCGUGGAUCCGGUUAAGGAUAUAACUGUCGAUGAUGUACAGUAUAGGUCAGAUGGAAAGGCAGAUACAAAUGACUCAGUGAAGGAUAUAGGGAUAGAUGAUAGUGAUGAGCAGCGGAAGAGGACAGUGGAAGCAAAGGAGAAUGAUUCUAGAACGGAAGAGAGUCAACAGAAUGGUGAUGGAGAAGAGUCUACAGCUCAGAAAGCAAAUGCUGAUCUCAACAUCUCUGUAUCAGACAAAACAAAAGCUGCGCCGAGGAAAGUGGUCGGAGCAAAUGCAAAACCGGCUGGAGAUUCAGUGAAGCCAAAGUCUAAGCAGCAAGAAACUCAGGGUGGUAAUGUUAGAAUGGCUAAGCCUAAUGCAGUUUCUCGGUGGAUUCCUUCAAACAAGGGCUCGUAUAAAGACUCUAUGCAUGUGGCGUACCCUCCGACGAGGACAAACAGUGCUCCUGCUUCGAUCACCACUUCUCUCAAGGAUGGUAAAAGAGCUACAUCGCCUGAUGGCGUGGUGACAAAAGAUGCUAAGACUAAGUAUCUGAGAGCGACUGUUUCUUCGUCGGAUAUUAUGAGGAGUCGGACUCCAAUUUGGUUGUCACCAGAUUCUAGCCCAAAGGAUAAGCCGCCUUCUCUACCUGUCUCUCCACAUCAUGCGCCUCCAACACCUCAGCAUCCACCUGCAACUCCCUCCCUGCCUUCGUUAACCAGUGAGGCUACUUCAGUUUCACAAGCGGCUGCAUCACCUCCUCCACCGCCACCUCCACCUCCACCACCACCACUGUCUACUUUUUCUUCGCAUAGACAAAAUGACAGCUACUCUCAGACAUCUCAUAUCCCGGAACCACCUCCAUUUCCAUCUGAGAGACUAAACAGUGGAACCACGUUGCCACCACCACCACCUCCUCCUCCUUCUGCACCACCACCUCCUCCUCCUUUUGCAUCUGAGAAACCAAACAAUCGAACCGUGUUGCAACCGUCUCUUCCUUGGAAGUCUGUGUAUACUUCGACUUUGGCAACUUCUACGGCAUGUUCUACUUCUCAACCUCCUCCACCACCGCCUCCACCACCGUGGAAGCCUGGGUAUGCUUCGAUUCUUGAAACUCAUGAGGAAGGCUCUACAUCUUACAAUUCUCCACCACCUCCACCGCCACCACCACCACCUCCUCCUCCUCCUUUUAGUUCAUCAAAUACAACCAAAUCCAGUGGAGGUCAUAUUCCUACUCCUUCCCCGUUGCCUUAUAUGAGUAUUGCACCUUCGCCAUCACCCAAGACGUCUCUUAUUAACGGUUUUUCUGCUGCUCCUCCACCUCCACCACCACCACCACCACCACCUCUUCCUCCUUUUAGUAAAGCGCAUUCAGUCCCUAUCCCUCCACCUCCGCCACCAAGUUAUGGAUCUCCAACUGCUCCUCCUUUUGGUCACGUAAGUUCAGUUCCUCCUCCUCCACAGCCACCGAGUCAUGGAGCUCCUCCACCACCUCCGCCACCACCACCACCUCCUUUUGGUCACGUAGGUUCAAUUCAUCAACCACCGAGUCAUGGAGCCCCUCCACCACCUCCACCACCACCACCACCACCACCAUCUCCUUUUGGUCACGUAGGUUCAAUUCCUCAACCACCGAGUCAUGGAGCCCCUCCGCCACCACCACCACCACCUCCAUUUGGAUCUGCUGGACCUCCGCCACCACCACCACCUCCAUUUGGUAAAACAUCACCUCCUCCACCACCACCACCUCCAUUUGGAUCUACUAGACCUCCACCACCACCACCACCACCUCCAUUUGGAUCUACUAGACCUCCACCACCACCACCACCACCUCCAUUUGGUAAAACUUCACCUCCUCCACCACCACCACCUCCAUUUGGAUCCAGUAGACCUCCACCACCACCGCCACCUCCAUUUGGAUCUAAUGGACCUCCGCCGCCACCACCACCUCCCUUUAGAUCUGGAGGACCUCCGCCACCACCACCGCCUCCAUUUGGAUCUACUGGACCUCCACCACCACCACCGCCUCCAUUUAGAUCUGGUGGACCUCCGCCGCCACCACCACCUCCAUUUGGAACUAGUGGACCUCCGCCACCACCACCACCUCCAUUUAGAUCUGGUGGACCUCCGCCUCCACCACCUCCUCCUGGAGGAGCCCCACCACCACCACCACCUCCAAUGCGUGGAGGAGCCCCACCGCCACCACCUCCUCCAAUGCGUGGAGGAGCCCCACCACCACCUCCUCCUCCGAUGCGUGGAGGAGCCCCUCCUCCUCCUCCGCCUCCUGGUGGUAGAGCUCCUGGACCUCCCCCUCCACCGCCUCCUGGUGGUCGUGCUCCUGGUCCACCUCCACCUCCUGGACCAAGACCUCCUGGUGGACCUCCUCCACCUCCUGGACCUAGACCUCCUGGUGCACCUCCAGAUCUUAAGGGUGCAGGAAGAGGGCGUGGUCUUGCACGUCCAGGUUUGGGGUCUUCAGCUCCAAAAAAGUCUUCUCUGAAGCCUUUACACUGGGUUAAAGUAACAAGGGCCUUGCAGGGAAGCUUAUGGGACGAGUUACAGAGACAAGGACAAACUGCACCUGAGUUUGAUGUAUCAGAAAUAGAGACCCUUUUCUCUGCUAUAGUGCCAAAGCCGGUUGAUAAAGCUGGAGGUCGAAGAAAAUCGGUUGGGGCAAAACCUGAAAAAAUUCAACUGAUUGAUCUUAGGAGAGCCAAUAACACGGAAAUUAUGCUUACGAAAGUGAAGAUGCCGCUGCCUGAUAUGAUGGCUGCAGUUCUGGCAAUGGAUGAUACUGUACUAGAUAUUGAUCAAAUAGAGAAUCUUAUAAAGUUUUGUCCAACCAAGGAGGAGAUGGAACUUCUUAAGAACUACACUGGUGACAAGGCGACUUUGGGAAAGUGUGAGCAGUACUUCCUAGAGCUGAUGAAGGUGCCACGAGUAGAAUCGAAGAUGAGAGUAUUUUCCUUCAAGAUUCAAUUCGGCACUCAGAUAAAAGAAUUCAAAAAAAGUUUAAAUGCGGUAAAUUCUGCGUGUGAUGAGGUUCGUACUUCACAAAAGCUAAAAGAGAUUAUGAAAAAGAUUCUUUAUCUUGGGAACACAUUGAACCAAGGAACUGCCAGGGGCGCUGCAGUGGGAUUCAAGUUGGACAGUUUAUUAAAACUAAGCGAUACACGUGCUGCUAACAGCAAGAUGACUCUCAUGCACUAUCUUUGCAAGGUCCUUGCUUCCAAGGGAUCAGAUCUACUGGACUUUCAUAAGGAUCUUGGAAGUCUUGAAUCAGCUUCAAAGAUACAAUUGAAGUCGCUGGCGGAGGAAAUGCAAGCUAUUAUCAAAGGGUUGGAGAAACUGAACCAGGAGCUCACUGCAUCUGAAAGUGAUGGUCCUGUUUCUGAAGUUUUCCGUAAAACAUUGAAGGACUUCAUUUCCGUUGCUACGACUGAAGUGGCAACUGUAUCGAGUCUUUACUCUGUCGUGGGGAAUAAUGCUGAUGCACUUGCGUACUAUUUUGGAGAAGAUCCCAAACGUUGUCCAUUUGAACAAGUUACUGCGACCCUCUUGAAUUUUAUAAGGUUGUUCAAGAAAGCACACGAAGAGAACAUCAAGCAAGAGGAAUUGGAGAAAAAGAAAGCAGCCAAGGAAGCAGAAAUGGAGAAGGCAAAAGGAGUCAGUCUCACAAAGAAACCAGUUGAUGAUAGCUGACCCCAACAAAAAAAAACUUUUAAAAUCUUAUUUUUGCAAAAAUCCGCCUUCAAGUGAAGCAAAGGUGGUGGGUUGUUGAUGCCAGUGGAGGUGGUGCCGUUCAAGUAACCUUUCCGCCUGAGUGGCACAGGGCGGUUAAAACUGGCUCGGGUCCUGGGGCGGGCUAUCGAGGGAACCAUUCAAGGAUGGAUAUAAGAAGGCAGGUCUUUACACCACUCCCACGUUACAUGACUGACUCCACAUUGAUUAAAUUCUAACUUGUAAAUUAGGAUUCUUUCCUGCCAGGACUUUUGAUAGGUUGAAGUGUUGUAUAGGUUCCAGGUUAGAGAGAUAGAGAUGUAGAGCAUUUUAUCUUUUGCUUAGUGUGUAACUUUGUAUCGUACCACAAUAUCAUCAUUGUUCUUUCUAGGUAGUAGGAUCCAGACGAAUGAGAAAAAAAACUAAUUAUCAGAAUCUUUUCU